GAGAAUCAGUUCACUCAGCGACUUUAGCGUGUCGAGAACGCACAGAGAAGAGAUUUCGAAACCGAAAACAAAACCCGAAACCCAAAAACCGUUUCGAAAGCAAUUCGAAAUCGCGAAAUCGAAGUUCAGCAACAAGAGAAAACCCUUAAGAUUAAUAUACACAUAUACGAAUACGAAUUUUUUCCAAGUGACCCGAAAGUGAAGUGACAUAUAAACAUAUAAAAAGGCAAAAGCAAAAUAACUCCAAUACAAAAAGCCAACUGCAAGGAUUACGACUUUCGGAUACGAGAUGCAUUUGCCAGCGGGUCCAACGAUGGUGGCCAACAACACACAGGUCCUUGCCGCCGCCGCAGCAGCAGCAGCCGCCGCAGCAGCCGCAGCAGCAGCGGUCCAAGGUCCUGUCCCCCAAAAUAGCCAGAGCAACACUACCAACAACUCCACGACGAAUCCCGGCCAGAUGCCGAGCUUGGCCAACACCAGCACCCAUUCGGCCAGCAGCACGGGCAGCUCCACUCCGGAUCUCAGUACAAAUAACACCAGCUCGAGCAGCAACGCCACCAGUCCGCAGAACUCGGCCAAGAUGCCCAGCUCGAUGACCGACAUGUUCGCCAGCCUGCACGAGAUGCUGCAGGAGUACCAUGGCGAGUUGGCCCAGACCGGCUCCCCCUCGAUCCUCUGCAGCGCCCUGCCGAACCACUGGCGAUCCAACAAGUCGCUGCCGGGUGCCUUCAAGGUGAUCGCCUUGGACGAUGUGCCCGAUGGCACCCUGGUGUCGAUCAAGUGCGGCAACGAUGAGAACUACUGCGGCGAGCUGAGGAACUGCACCACGACCAUGAAGAACCAGGUGGCCAAGUUCAACGAUCUGCGCUUCGUGGGGCGAUCGGGACGCGGCAAGUCCUUCACCCUGACCAUCACCAUUGCCACGUAUCCGGUGCAGAUCGCCAGCUACAGCAAGGCCAUCAAGGUGACCGUCGACGGGCCACGGGAGCCAAGAAGUAAGCAAAGCUAUGGCUAUCCCCAUCCCGGCGCGUUCAAUCCCUUCAUGCUGAAUCCCGCUUGGCUGGAUGCGGCGUACAUGACCUACGGCUAUGCGGACUACUUCCGCCACCAGGCAGCCGCUCAAGCCGCCCAAGUGCACCAUCCUGCGCUGGCCAAGUCGUCGGCCUCCUCGGUGUCGCCCAAUCCCAAUCCGGUGGUGGCCACCAGCUCCUCGGCGGCGGUGCAGCCAACGGCCGAGUACCCACAUCCACCCACGGCGGGUCAGCCGGCGGCCAUGAUGCCAUCGCCACCGGGAGCGGCACCGGCCACUCCGUACGCGAUGCCCCAGUUCCCGUUCAAUCAUGUGGCUGCCGCCGCUGCCGCCAAGGCUGCCACGCCCCACGCCUUCCAUCCGUACAACUUUGCCGCCGCGGCGGGUCUGAGAGCACGCAACGCCGCCCUGCACCACCAGAACGAACCGGCCCAUGUGAGUCCCGCCUCCUCGCGGCCGUCGAGCUCCUCGCCCACCCAACAGCACGUCCUGCUCAAGCUGAACACCUCGAUCGAGACGAGCUCCAUCCACGAGCAGUCCGCCAGCGACGGCGACUCCGAUGACGAGCAGAUCGACGUGGUCAAGUCGGAGUUCGACAUGGACAAGAGCCCCCUGGAUGUGGCACCGCUCCGCAUGCGCUGCGAUCUGAAGGCUCCCUCGGCCAUGAAGCCGCUGUACCAUGAGAGCGGUCCCGGUGCGGUCAACAGUGGCCGCCAGCCAUCGCCGGAGACGACCACGAAGAUCAAGAGCGCCGCCGUCCAGCAGAAGACCGUGUGGCGGCCCUACUAAACGUUGGGGCUCUCAACUCGAAGCUUCCUGGUCCUGGAUCCAAAAAAACAUGAAGAACGAAAACAAAAAAAAAUCCAGAAAAAAACAAAGUGAUAAAACAGCGGCGGCGCAGAGCGGCAAGCGGGCAAAAAUUAUAAUUGUGAUAUAGUGUUAUAAGUUACGACGCCUCCGGCCGGCAAACGGAGCAGCCUCAUCAUUGGGAUAAAAGGAUACGCAGCAUUCAUUCAGCAAGUGGAAAAAGAAAAGAUAAAACUGGAUAAAGGACCCAAACCCUCCUUCCCUCUCCUGGACUUCAGACUCCGGCGAAGUUUUAUGCUCGACUCAUAAAAUCGUGUGGCGAGUUUAAGUCACAGGCCCUCGAUUUUCACCAGGAUUUACUCAUCAAAUCCAAGCCGAAAAACAAAAAAAAAAAACAAGAAA